GGGGCGGGCCCGGCGCUGCCCCCGUUGCCACGGCCGGGCCGGGGCGGCCGCGCCGGGACCGGGACCGGGACCGAGACGGGCACCGGGACCGACACGGGCACCGGGACCGACACGGGCACCGGGAGCGAAACGGGCACCGGGACCGAGACAGGCACCGGCACCGGCGCUGCGACCGCGGAUACGGGCGAGGAGCCGUGAGGGACCGGUACCCACACGUCUUGGAAUUUUGCAGACGAUGCAUCUGCCUGCACAUUCACCUGCCCUUCAUUCCCAGCUAAAGGCUGAGCUGUCUGCAAUUCCCAUGUCUCACUGGCUGAGUAAAGCCCUGUGAUAAAGGGAAGGAAAGCAUGCUUUGAGGAACCUUUCACCUGGAGCAGCAUCCACAGCUGGUACCUGGGGGACAAUGAGUACUCCAAAUGGAUUUCCGCAACACUCAAGGCUGUGUCUUACUCGGAGCAUGGAGGGUGGAGCAGUACAGGACCUGCAGGCAAAAAAAGCUGGAAAAGCAGCCAGAAAGGAGGCUGGGGGUGAUGGGACACCUCCGAAAAUAGGCACGCCCAUAAGUGAGACCUUAAAGCUUCUGCCAGAAGAACUCAAAGCUAACAUGAAAAUUAAAUCGAUCACUCCAAGGCCCCCUCGGAAGCCCCGGCUGGAACGUGCUGCAUCCCUGGAUGAAAAGAGCUGGAGGAAGUGGAGACGAUUUAGGACCAGCCAGGAAAGUCUGACUGAUCCCAACGAGACGAGCUCCUCCAACGGUUCCCUGCAGGAAGCGUCCCCCAGCCCUCCCACCAGGGGCAGGGCCAGCCCCUGCAAUCCCUGCUGCCAGCAGGAUUCCUUGCACAGUUCACCAGACGCCUUGGAAGCCAGUCCCGGGGGGAAGAGCAGGGCAGGCACCUCGGACCUGGGCAAACGAGCCUCCGAGAUCUCCAGUGCCUUUGGGGGGCUCCUGCGGGGCAAGGGGUUCGCGGGGGGCAAACCCCGCCUGUCCCAAAUCAUGCCGGCCCGCCCCCUGCCUCCCAUGGAGCUCAACGUGGCCUCCCACUCGCUGAGGACAGCUAAUAGGAUCGACUCGGAUUGCCUGGAUUACCGACAUUAUUCUCAGCACAAGUUUGGGAGGGUGAGCAGCAGCCUCAGCGACUCCCGGCUGCAGGGCAAUGGGACACUCUAUGACAAUUGCUCCACAGACUCCAUGAAAUCCACCUUCAGCGUGCUCACUCCCAUCCGAGCCAAGGAUGUCCGCAGCAGGAGCUAUUUGGAAGGCAGCCUUCUGGCAAGUGGUGCCUUAAUGGGAGCAGAAGAACUCAGCAGAUAUUUCCCUAAUCGGAAUAUGGGAAUCUUUGUGGCCACCUGGAACAUGCAGGGGCAGAAGGAACUUCCAGUGAAUCUGGAUGACUUCUUAUUGCCAACAGAUCCAGACUUUGCCCAGGACAUGUAUGUCAUUGGGGUUCAAGAAGGCUGUCCAGACAGAAGGGAGUGGGAGAUCCGCCUGCAGGAGACGCUGGGCCCCCACUACGUCCUGCUGCACUCGGCUGCUCACGGCGUGCUCUACAUGUCCGUGUUCAUCCGCAGGGACCUCAUCUGGUUCUGCUCGGAAGUGGAGUAUGCCACGGUGACAACUCGAAUCGUGUCUCAGAUCAAAACCAAGGGAGCUCUGGGAAUCAGCUUCACAUUUUUUGGGACCUCCUUUCUCUUCAUCACUUCCCACUUCACAUCUGGGGACAGUAAAGUGAAUGAGAGGAAACUGGACUACAAUAAAACCAUUCAAGCCCUUACACUUCCCAAGAAUGUUCCGGACACAAAUCCAUAUCGAUCCAGUUCUAGUGAUGUCACAACUCGGUUUGAUGAAGUUUUCUGGUUUGGGGACUUCAACUUCCGGCUGAAUAAGGAUCGGGAGACUGUGGAUUCCAUCCUGAACCAGAACCCGGACACAGACGUGUCCAAGCUCCUGGCGUAUGACCAGCUGACCAGUGAGAUGAGUCGGGGGUCUAUUUUCAAAGGAUUCCAAGAGGCUGCUAUCCAUUUCCGUCCUUCCUACAAGUUUGACAUAGGAAAGGACAGCUAUGACACCACUUCCAAACAAAGGACUCCCUCCUACACGGACCGAGUGGUGUUCCGCAGCCGCUACAAGGAUGACAUCCAGGCUGUCAAAUACUCCUCUUGUCCUGUCAUCAAAACCUCAGACCACCGACCUGUGUUUGCCUUGUUUCGUGUGAAAGUGAGGCCUGGCAGGGACAACAUCCCCCUGGCUGCAGGGCUGUUUGACAGAGAUCUGUAUUUAAUCGGAAUAAGGAGGAGAGCCACAAGGGAGCUUCUGAAACGCCGGGAACAAAAGGACCAAAGAUCCAGCAGCAUAUGUAGCAUUUCUUGAACUGAAAGCUCUGCAGUGCUUGUGGUAGAGGUACCCUGAAAGAGGAUUUCAGACCGUGGCAAACUCUGCAGGGAAUUGUCUGCUUAAGCACCUCUGGCAGUUGCUGUGGCUUGUGAAGAAUGUCUUAAACCUCAUCCUGGAUUCAUUUGCAUGAGCUAAUCCAUGUAGCUCAAGUGCUUCUGCCUAAGGAAAGGAGUCAGUUCUUUAAGACAUCCAUCCCAACUGGUGUAACUGAUUUAUUUUUAACCAGACUAUCUUAGGAAGCCACUGGGUAGCAGACCUUGGUUCCCCUCCAUGCUGGGGCACAGCUGCUGGAACUGGCAUUGUCCAGGGCAGGGGACCUAAGAAAAGCCUGCAGAAAGGUGAAUUCUUUGUUUGUCUCUUUGGUUUGGUCAGAUUAACUUCCAUCCAGUGUGGGGUUGGGUUUGCUCCUUCUCUGUAGCCAAGUGUUGGUAUUCUGUACAAGGAGUAGCAGGGACCAGUUAAUGGCAGUUGUGCAUGCAGAUGGUGCUCCUGUGUUGGGCUUUUUGGGUCCUCCACAGCAAAUUGUGUGUGAAUGUACUCCUGUACAUUGAAGUGUAGAAACAUUGCCUUUCAAUAAUCAUUCUAUAGGCCUUCUGUUACUAAGGGGGUAAAUACCAAACUCUCAGGCCAUAUAUUUGUCUGCUGAGACUGCUUGAAGCAAUCCUUUCCUGAACUCACUUGUCCUCCCCAGGGCUGAUUAAGCACUACCUGCCUCCAGCAGCAGGAGCUGGAAUUUAUCUGAGAACAGGCACUGUGUGAUGCUUCACCAAAGUGAUGCCAAGUGAGUGCCCCAGGGAGGUUUGCAGAGCACCUGCAGCCACUCAGCUCCACACAGCUCCAUUACCUCCAAUCACAGUCAAUUCCUUUUGGUUUUAUUUUUCCAGAUCAGUAAACUGUGAAUAACUUGCUAUUUCUGAGGUAGUGUUGUCUUAAGGCUAUAUAUACUACAAGGACCAGUAUGGCACUGGUAAAAUGUUAAGUACAGCUAAUAAUUAAGAACUCCUCAUGGGCACAGAUGGGAUCAAUAAUCACCUUAGGACCUAAAACAUCAUGCAAACACCUUGGAGGAAGUGCUGCUGACUAUGCAACCUGUCCAAGACAGGCUCCUGUUCUGCGGUACAUUUAUGGCACUGACCUGUCUGUAGCCAUCAGGUAUUUGGAUUUCCUUUCUUUUUAAAGGAAUAAAAAUAAAUUAAUGCAAUACCUUAA